UUGGUUGCCCUUCUCCCCACGUGACCUCCCGGCAUGCCCCGCAAGCGGCCGUUCAGCGCCAAGCGCAAGAAGCAGCAGCUCCGGGACCGCCGCGACCGCAAGCGGGGAGACCUUCCUCCAGGCCCCGGGCCGGGAAGCGGCAGCCGCAGCGGCAGCCGGGACCGAGGCAGCGAUGCCGAGGAAGGGGAAGCGGCGGCGGCGCCUCCGCAGCGCCGCCACGACCCCGGCAGGUUCCGGUUACAGCUGGGAGGGCCCCGGGCUGAGGCUCUGGCUCGACGGCGACGGAGAGCUCAGCAGGAGGUGGUAGAGAUGCUGCCCGAGAGCGGCCUGGAGCUGGAUCCCGAACGGAUCUAUGGGCCCGGCCUGGACUUCCCCCGGAGGCCUCCCUGGAGCUUCGGGAUGCGGCCGGAGGAGCUGCGGCGCAGGGAGGAAGAGGCCUUUGGAGCCUUCCUCCGGCAGCUGGGGGAGAGGCCUGGGGGGGGGCCCCCGGGGGAGGCAGGAGAGCAGGAGGAAGAGGAGGGCGGGGGGCUGGCCCCCUUUGAGCAUAACCUGGAGACGUGGCGCCAGCUCUGGAGGGUGCUGGAGAUGUCUGACCUGAUCCUGCUGAUCACCGACGCGCGGCACCCGGCGCUGAACGUGCCCCCGGCCCUGGCUGAGCACAUCGUGGGGGAGCUGGGCAAGGGCCUCAUCCUGAUCCUCAACAAAGUGGACCUGACCGCCCCGGCCGUGGCUGCCGCCUGGAGCCAGCACCUCCGGCGCCGCUUCCCGGCCGCCAGGGUCGUGCCCUUCACCUCCGCCCCCAGCAGCCCAAGCUGACUGGGGCCUCCUCCUGCAGGGCUGCAGCGGAGGCAGAGGAGAGGAGGGGGCUGGAGCCGGGCGGUGGGACCCUGGCAGCUGCUGGAGGCCUGCGAGGAGAUUGUGGGGGGGGAAGUGGACCUCAGCAGCUGGCGAGCGAGGCUGCAGCAGGCUGAGGAGGCAGCAGCCAGAGGGGAAGAGGAGGAGGAGGAGGAGGAGGAGGAAGAGCAGCAGCUGGAAGAGGAGGAAGAGCAGGAGGAGGAAGAGGAGGCCAUGGCUGCCCCCCGGCAGUGGGAGCGCUACCGGCACGGCGUGCUCACCAUGGGCUGCGUCGGGCUGCCCAACGCGGGGAAGUCCUCGGUGCUGAACGCGCUGCUGGGCCGGGGGGCGGUCAGCGUCUCCCGGGCCCCAGGCCGCACUCGCUACUUCCAGACUCAUUUCCUCACCCCCAGCCUCCGCCUCUGCGACUGCCCAGGCCUGGUCUUCCCCUCCAGGGCCCCCCCAGAGCUCCAGGUGCUGGCAGGGGUGUACCCCAUUUCCCAGCUGCAGGAGCCCUACUCGGCUGUAGGUUACUUGGCCUCUCGCCUCCCCCUGCCCACCCUCCUCCAGCUGCCCUCUGCCAGCUCCCCCUGGACAGCCUGGGACAUCUGUGAAGCUUGGGCGGAGAAGAGAGGCUACAAGACAGCCAAGGCCGCUCGCAACGACGUCUACAGGGCAGCCAACAGCAUCCUCAGGCUGGCAGCUGAGGGCAGGCUCCCCCUCUGCCAUCGACCCCCAGGCUACUCUCAGGACAAAGAGCUGUGGGAGCAGCACCCUGAGACCCAGGCCCUGAGGGCCCUGCUGGAGGCCGGCAGCCAAAGCUCCGCCCCCCCAGAGGCGGAGUCAAGCUCAGAGGAGGUGGAGCCUGAGCCUGAGGAGGACACGCCCACCCCAAUGGCAGCAGCCAAUCCCUAUGAGCUGCUGGGGGAGGAUGAGUGCUAGCCCCGCCCCCUCCUGCCCCCCUCGGGAGGUGGGAGCCAAUGGGAGCCCAGAACCAUAUAUGGAAUGAAGGAAGGUUUAUUUCUGCAGCUGCUCCUUUCUGAUUGGUCCUUUCGUGGCCUGCCCUGAGCCAAUCAGAGGCCAGGUC